CAGCUGGGACUUGACAUCAGUAUUAAAAAUUUUCUUUUCCAGUCUCCUUUUUUUCGUCUUUUACUCUUUCUCUCUCUCCCCUCCCUCCUCAUUCUCCCCACUCAUUUUGCAUUCUUAUUCUUUUUUCUCGCAUACGUAAAGCCAUUAUGGAUGAAGAAUACGAUUAUGAAUCUUUGGGAAAUAACUCAUCGAUGGCUCAAAAUGCGAUGGCUGGCGCCCUGGCUGGUAUCGCGGAACAUUGUGUUAUGUAUCCCGUUGACAGCAUCAAGACUCGAAUGCAAGUGAUUCAAAACAGUCGACCCGCGACGGUACCUCCGCUCUCAAGUUAUCCUACCGGUGUGGGGCUUCGUACGGCUUCGCGUAACCUUUGGCGAGGCGUAAAUUCAGUGGUCUUGGGAGCCGGGCCUGCCCACGCUCUUCACUUUGCCACCUACGAAUAUUGCAAAGAAUAUCUGGGAGCCAAUCAGCGAGGACACCAUCCUUUUGCUUCCGCCAUUGCUGGUGCUUGUGCCACUUUGGCUCACGAUACCCUUAUGAAUCCUUUUGAUGUGGUUAAACAACGUAUGCAACUUCGCGAAUCAACUUACCGAUCGGUUAGAGAAUGUGCUCGACAAGUGUUUGCGAAAGAAGGUGUGACGGCAUUUUAUAUUUCAUUGCCCACGACGUUAGCCAUGUCGAUACCGUUCCAGUCUGUACAGUUUGCGACGUACGAGUUUUUCCGAAAGGUGUUGAAUCCUAAAGGCGAAUAUGACCCCAAAACACAUGUGAUUGCCGGUGGUUUGGCCGGAGCGAUGGCUUCGUCGAUUACUACUCCUUUGGAUGUGAUCAAGACUGUGUUACAAACGCGCGGCAGCAGCAACGAUUUACGUGUGCGAAACGCAACAGGAUUGUUGGACGCCAUGUCCAUUAUCAGAGAACGAUAUGGACUCCGAGGCUUUUUCCGUGGGUUCCGGCCUCGAGUACUGACGCAUAUGCCGAGUGCUGCCAUCAGCUGGAGUGUCUACGAAUAUUUCAAAUGGUUCAUGGACGCGCGACCAGCUACACAACAACAACAGCAAGAUAAAAACAGUCUCUUGCUCUAAAGUCAUCUUUUUUUUUUAUGAUCCGAGAUGAUCUCAAACUUAUCUAUCCGAUUUCGGUGAAGAAGAGAUCUCAUCUAUUUAUAUUCCUCUCCAAGUUUAUUAUUCUUUUCUUGACACCACUCGCCAACUGAUGGUAUUUUAUCCGGAUUGCAUGUUGUCUCUACGUUGUAUCAUAGUUACCUCCCCUCUCUUCUUUCUUUAAUUCUAGUUUUCAUUUCGAUCUUUUUUUUUUUCUUUUUUUUUACCCCAUCAUUCUUUGUACAUAGGCUUGUCCCACAUUUCAUUUUAGAAGACUAAAAAAAAAAUUUGUCAACCUGAAAAGAAACUUGAUGAUGAAAAAAAAAUAAACGAACAGGAUUGUCAGCAUCAUCCUGUGACUGAUUUUCAUAGAGUAAAAAGUGGUGGAAGGUUUUCUAUCAGUGACAUGUGAAGUUGACCCUUUUUUUUUGUCUUUUUGCAGGUGAUAUCUCGACUAGAUUCGUAUAAC